GUCUCCACACAGUGCAGCGUCUUUAUGGCUGUGACCUCCUGUCUGACGGGAGCGUCCGUGGAUCCAGGCAGGAUGGCUUUGACGGGCGGGAUUUCAUCUCCUUCGAGCUGGGAUCCAGGAGCUUCGUGGCGGCCGAUGGAGCUGCCCAGGUCACCAAGAGGAAAUGGGAAUCUGAUGGGAUCACGGUGGAGAGAUGGGCACAUUACCUUGGGAGCAUCUGUCCAGAAUGGCUCCAGAAAUACAUUGGAUACGGGCGGGAGGUGCUGGAGCGCAAAGAGCCCCCUGAUGUCCAUGUGUCCGGGAAAGAGGAACACGGGAUCCUGACGUUGUCCUGCCACGCGUACGGAUUCUACCCCGGGAUCAUCGCGAUCAACUGGAUGAAGGGGGAUGAAAUCCGGGAUCAGGAGACGGAGUGGGGCGGGAUCGUUCCCAACAGCGACGGCACCUUCCACAGCUGGGCCAGGAUCGAGGCGCUGCCGGGGGAGCGGGAGCAGUACCGGUGCCGGGUGGAGCACGCCGGAAUGCCGGAGCCCGGGAUCUUCGCCUGGGGUGAGCCU